AUUGGUGAAGUCACUUAAAAUAUCAAAUGACGUUAGAUAUAAAGUAUAAAUGUUUAUGUAUGAAUUGUAAAUUUUUUUUGAAAAUUUUUUUACUAAAGGUAGCUUUUUAUGACUUGUUCCAUUUACAUGAACUCCGUCCAUAUAUCAGCCGAUGUUUGGAUUGCAUAAUGAUGCAGUCAUAAUAAUACUAAUUUGUUUCGAGAUGACAAAGUACCUAGGCUUACCUAAGCCAGAUCAUGGUAAACGUUUUUGCAGCGUUUGCCAGGAAAACAAAGCAAAUAUGAAAACUGAAUGCGGUCACUCAUUUUGCGUGAAGUGUAUCUAUCAAACCAUAGAGACUGGAAUAACACAAUGUCCGCUGUGCAAAGUGAGCUUGGAUUAUUUGAAACAAAUAUUUGACAGAUUAAUUUCAAAAGAAUCCUCAAAUCAAAACGAAAAUAAACAACAAAUAACACAGUCUCAACAACACACUAAUGAACAUGAAAAUAAUAAUAUUCAUAAUGAAAGUUCUGAUAAAGAAAAGGAUCAUGUUGAAUUGACAUAUACUAAUGAAAAUUUACCUUCAGACAAUCGGUUUGGCUAUUUUGCAAAUUCUGGUAACAUGUAUGAUAGGCAAACGGGACAGAUCAUUAGUGGUUAUAAUUAUGAAUCAUACGAUAGUGGGAAUGAUCCGUAUAACACACAAAACUCAAAUGCAAUGUAUAAACCAGUGCCGCAAGAACCAUAUGAUGAAAAUAUUCAUCGGUUUGUCAAUAACUGGUUCGCUGUCGAUGUUCCUCAGUAUGCUGAACAAUAAAACUAAAACAAUAUCAUUUCGUUAAAAUUUUACGUAAUUUAUUAUUAGUGCAUUAUUUAUUGAAACAAUUAUUUUAUUUAAAAACUGCGACAUUUGAAAAUCAAAAUUAUUAUCACGUUUAUUAUUAAUGAUUUACAACUUAUUUAACCGUUAUUUUGUUUAAUACUUUGUACAUAUAUAACAAUUAAUUGCUAAAUAUUAUUCAAUAAAUUGUUUUAUUAUUACCUUA